CUUCGUUCGGUCGUCUCGACAUAUCCCGUGGAGGAUUUCCAUCAUGGGCACUAAAUUGGACACGCCGUGGGAAUUCGCGUCCUUGAACUUGGCCACAAAAUCGGACGGAUUCUCGGCUUGAUUCGAUAGGUCCUGCCAAUUGGCAUUGUAAGGUACACACACAACUCACACGACGAGAGUCCAUUCCAUCUAUUUCUUGCCGGAUUACGUCACUUGUGCACAGUUGGACAGGUGUGAGCCGACUGAGGAUCCCGUGCGUCAAUUCCAACUCUGUGAGUGUCAUGAUGGAGGUGGUCGUGGGAUCCGAUUUCCCGCGUUCCACCAAAGGCCUGGUCAUUCUGGCUGAAGGGAUUUGCAGCGUUGUGGGCGGGAUCGUCAAUACCUACAGCAAUGGAUCUCCACUGGCUCAGGGGCUAUUAACUGUGGCCUUUUGGGUGAUUGCCAGCGUCUCUCUGACCUUGACCUUGAUGUACGUGUGCAACACACAGACGGCGGUUGAACAACGGAAGCAUAUCUUCCAUAAAUUUGAAACCAUCUACAUAGGAGUGGCGUUGAUUUUUGUCACCAUAACAUGCAUCAUUACCUUCUUUGGAUUUGGCGUCAGUGCGAUCUUUGCUUAUGCCGUUUGGGUGGUGUUGGCAUUUGACGCCUAUCGACGAUUCCGCCAAUACCGAAUGAAUUCACCGGCCGACGUCACGGCCGAAACGCCCGUUCCGCAAAGCUUUUAACGAGUGGAUUGCCCGUUGUCACGUUCUUCAGAAUAUUUCAAAUCAAAUCAAGGCUCCGUUCGGCCACGCUGUGCAGAUGAAAAUUAUUUUCUUAUUCAUCAUAAAUUAUUUUCCCAAAAA